CAAUUCGAAAAUAGGAAUUCCCACAGCAUAAAACCUGAUUUAUAAAUCUCUCCAAGACUCCAACAACCUAUUCAGCAAUCUUUCGAUCCAGCAAUGACCUCUACAUAGCGGGAGCUUCUUCGACUCUAUUUUAUUGUUGAUAUUUUCAAGUGAUAAUGUUUAAUUUCAACAUGAUACGUAGCAGAUAGUGAUUUUGUGUGUCUGAUACGAUGUGGACAUCAUCAAAUUUGACUAUAUGGUGUCUUUUAAUUUCGAGUGUUUUAAUCAUCGGUAUAGAGUGUACAAGGAAUUUGACCAGGUCAGAAUGGUAUAGGACUCGACGUCAAGUAGCUUGUGACGGAUUUAGGUGUAGAAAUGGAGAAUGUAUAGAUGAAGAUUCAAAAUGCGACGGAAGAGCUGACUGCCAAGAUGGAAGUGACGAGACAGAUAGUUGCAAAAAUUUGAUGUGUAGAGGCAACAUAUUCAGAUGUAAAUAUGGGGCUUGUAUCAGCAGAAAAUUGGAGUGUGAUGGUAAAAACGAUUGCAGAGAUGGAUCUGAUGAAACUAGUCCAAAAUGUGCCAACGUCUUGAGCUCUAAAUGCAAAUCGGAUGAGUUCCAGUGUAAAAACAAACAGUGCAUAAAUGCAGACAACAAAUGUGAUGGCACCCCUCAUUGUUCAGAUUUGAGCGACGAAACCGAAGAAGCUUGUCUGAAGUUUCCCUGCCCAGGAUAUACCUUCAAAUGCAAAUAUGGCGCAUGUAUAUCUCGUAAAGGUCGAUGCAAUGGCAUCUUCGAGUGCUUCGAUGGGUCUGACGAAAGCAGAGAGACCUGUGGUGAUUCUUUCAUAACCCCUGCAGUCACCCAAGCUACUUCGCAGACUUCAGUGACUCCUCCAACUACAUCCUCAGGCAAACCCAGACCUCCAAAUAUUUUCACACCGGGAAGCUGCAUUUUGCCACCAAAAGUAGAAAAUGGCAACUGGUCAGUAUGGCCAAUAUCAUUGUACGACUAUCAACCUGGUGAUUUGGUCAUGGCAGGCACAACAAUCGAGAUAAAUUGCAGGAAGGGUCACAUUGUAUCUGAAACCGAGAGUCAGAGCACGCUGAGUAUCUGCGCCGAAAAUACAGGGUGGACGAUCACCAACCCCAAAUGUAUACAAAUCUGCCAACCAAUCGAAACUUCAUCUACCACCAUCGUCACUUGUACGAACAAUGGCGUUGAAAUAAGCUGUAAAGCUCCUACUGAAGGUACCACAGCAAGGUUCGUUUGUCCUCUAUUCUACGAGUUGUCGACGACUUUCAGCAAUAUCAGAGUAUGUUCUGAGGGUACUUGGGACGAUGAUAGACCGCACUGUAAACCAGUAUGCGGCCAGAAGAGUGUCAAAAUUAAGGAAUUGAUAAUAGGCGGACAGAGGGUAAAAAAAGGGUUUUACCCAUGGACCAUCGCCCUCUACAAACGUCACAAUGAAACUGAUUUUUCUCUCGUAUGCGGAGGUUCUCUCAUCACUGAAAGAAUUGUAAUCACAGCUGCACAUUGUGUCACAAACCUUCAAGGACGAAAGAGAGAAAAGGAACUAUACAGGGUGGCAGCAGGAAAAUACUAUAGGUCCUACGACCAUGUGAAUGACACAGAUGCUGAGUUUUCCGAGAUAGAGGAAAUUUUUGUUUAUGAACGUUACAAGGCGUCUACUUUGCACUAUGUAGGAGACAUAGCCAUUCUUGUUACCAAAGAAGCAUUCAACGCAUCCCAAUUCAUACAGAGGGUGUGUAUUGAUUGGGACCCCUAUUCUUUGUAUGAGGGAAGAUUGCUGAAUACGAGCGGGGUGGUAACAGGCUGGGGGUACACUGUCAGAGGAGGCGAACUAUCUGAAGUUCUGAAGGAAAUCUAUCUACCGUACGUUGAUUACAAUCAAUGCUUUGAUGCAACUCCUGACGAAUUCAAAGCAUAUGUAAGGGAGGAUAAAAUGUGCGCUGGGUAUAUUGACAGAGGUGUUGGAGUUUGUGAAGGAGACAGUGGAGGUGGACUAGCCUUUCAAAGACCAGACAAUAAUCGAUUUUAUCUUAGGGGAAUUGUCAGUAUAGCCCCUCUGGUGAAUGGUAGUUGUAAUGAAUACAGAUACGCUUUCUACACAAAGAUAUCCAGCUAUAUUAGGUUCAUUUCACCAAUUGUGCUGCGAUACAAACAGAAAAUGUCUGAUACGAUGUGGACAUCAUCAAAUUCGACUAUAUGGUGUCUUUUAAUUUCGAGUGUUUUAAUCAUCGGUAUAGAGUGUACAAGGAAUUUCACCAGGUCAGCAUGGUACAGAAGGCAACGUCAAUUGCAUUGUGACGGGAAAAUACCUUCCUUACCUUUAAUUUUAGAUGAAGGAUUUAAGUGCAGAGAUGGAGAAUGUAUAGAUCGAGUAUUUGCAUGCGACGGAAAAGCUGACUGCAAAGAUGGAAGUGACGAAACAGAAAGUUAUUGCCCAUUGUUGACGUGUGCAAACAGCCUAUUUUUUAGAUGUAAAUAUGGGGCUUGUAUCAGAAAAAACUUGGAGUGUGAUGGAAAAAAUGAUUGCAUUGAUGGAUCUGAUGAAACUAGUCCAAACUGUGUCAACGAUGUGAGCUCUAAAUGCAAAUCGAAUGAGUUCCAGUGUAAAAACAAACAGUGCAUAAGUGCUGACAACAAAUGUGAUGGCACUCCCCAUUGUUCAGAUUUGAGCGAUGAGACAGAGGAAGCUUGUCUGAAGUUUCCCUGCCCAGGAUAUACCUUCAAAUGCAAAUAUGGCGCAUGUAUAUCCCGUAAAGGUCGAUGCAAUGGCAUCUUCGAAUGCUUCGAUGGGUCUGACGAAAGCAGGGAGACCUGUGGUGAUUCUUUCAUAACCCCUGCAGUCACCCAAGCUACUUCACAUACUCUAGUGACUCCCCUAACUACAUCCUCAGGCAAACCCCGACCUCCAAAUGUUUUCACACCGGGAAGCUGCAUUUUGCCACCAAAAAUAGAAAAUGGCCACUGGUCAAUAUGGCCAAUAUCACUGUACGACUAUCAACCUGGUGAUUUGGUCAUGGUAGGCACAACAAUUGAGAUAAAUUGCAGGAAGGGUCACGUAGUAUCUGAGACUGAGAGUCAGAGCACGCUGAGUAUCUGCGCCGAAAAUACAGGGUGGACGAUCACCAACCCCAAAUGUAUACAAAUCUGCCCACCAAUCGAAACUUCAUCUACCACCACGGUAACAUGUAGAAACAAUGGAGUUGAAAUAAGCUGUAAAGCUCCUACUGAAGGUACCACUGCAAAGUUCGUUUGCCCUCAAUUCUACGAGUUGUCGACGACUUUCAGCAAUAUCAGAGUAUGUUCUGAGGGUUCUUGGGACGAUGAUAUACCGCAUUGUAAACCAGUAUGCGGCCAGAAGAGUGUCAAAAUCAAGGAAUUGAUAAUAGGUGGACAGAAGGUGAAAAAAGGGUUUUACCCAUGGACAAUUGCCCUCUACCAACGUCACAAUGAAACUUUUACCCACAUCUGUGGAGGUACUCUCAUCACUGAAAGAAUUGUAAUCACAGCUGCACAUUGUGUUACAAACCUUCAAGGACAAAAGAAAGAAAAAGAACUUUUUAAGGUGGCGGCAGGAAAAUACUAUAGGUCUUACGACAAUGUGAAUGACACAGAUGCAGAGUUUUCCGAGAUAGAGGAAAUCUUUGUUUAUGAACAUUACAAGGCGUCUACUUUACAUUAUGAAGGAGAUAUAGCAAUUAUAGUUACCAAAGUAGCAUUCAAUGCAUCCCAAGCCAUACAGAGGAUAUGCAUUGAUUGGGAUCCCUAUUCCUUGUAUGAGGGAAGAUUGCUGAAUACGAGCGGAGUGGUAACAGGCUGGGGGUACACUGUUAGAGGAGCUGAACCAUCUGAAGUUCUGAAGGAAAUCUAUCUACCGUACGUUGAUUACAAUCAAUGUUUUGAUGCAACUCCUGACGAAUUCAAAGCAUACGUAAGGGAGGAUAAAAUGUGCGCUGGGUAUAUUGACAGAGGUGUUGGAGUUUGCGAAGGAGACAGUGGAGGUGGACUAGCCUUUCAAAGACCAGACAAUAAUCGAUUUUAUCUUAGGGGAAUUGUCAGUACAGCUCCUUUGGUGAAUGGUAGUUGUAAUGAAUACAGAUACGCUUUCUACACAAAGAUAUCCAGCUAUAUUAGGUUCAUUUUACCAAUAGUGCUGCGGUACAAGGUAGAAAAAGUUCAAACAGAAAAUACUAACAAUUUCGCUAAGAAGAAGCCUAGGUAAUGUAUUUAUUUUACUUGUGAGCGAUAGGAGGAUCUAAGACGCGAAAUUAGGUUACAAUCUGAUGAAGAAAUUAAAGGAUUUUCUGUUUUC